UUGUCUCGGGCCAAUCAAUCCCUCAGCCCCGUUACCGAUUGAGAUUUAACAGCGGCUCUGGAUCUUAACGAGCGUUCUCCAUCCUCGUCGACAGCUGCUCGGCGUCAGCCCCCGUUCGCUUGACUACCGGUUCCGUUUAUAUCUAGCCAGUUUCUUGAAUUUUUAAUGGAAAAUGGCGAUGUUUGCUCAGUCCCCCGGUCUGUUGUGCCUCCUCUCCGUUCAAACUGUGCUGCUCCUCAGCCUCUCUUCACCGGGAACGGCGACGCUCCUCUUUCCUCAGCACUACACGAUGAUGCACUGGGCAGGUCGCAUAGAGAAGGAACUGGAGAAGGUGCUGCAGCUCGUCACCGGAGUUCAGCAAAUGAAAGGAAUUUAUACUGACAAGAGAAAUCAUUUUGGUGUGGAGCGAAAUACGCCCAAGCAGCUGGUAGAGAAGGUGGCAGGAGACAUCGCCAAACUGCUCAACAGGAAACGCAAAGCUCUGGAGAGAUUGGCUAGAGAAGCUGAAGACAUCCAACGAGAACAUUCAUGGCAAGAUGCAAUCAAAGAAAAUGACAUCCAGUACUACGACUCCAAAGCCGACUCGGAUGUUCCGGAUGAUGAUGAUGGAGAAAACCUCUUGGAAAACCCGAACUCUCUUUCUUUGGAGUUUGUGGAUGAUCCCAACUUCAAGAACAAAGUCAACUACUCAUAUACAGCCGUACAGAUUCCUACUGACAUCUACAAAGGCUCUCCCACGAUCCUGAACGAGCUGAACUGGACUCAGUCUCUGGAGAGGGUCUUCAUUGAAAACAGUCGUGAGGAUCCUUCGCUGCGCUGGCAGGUGUUCGGCAGCGCCACCGGAGUCACCAGAUACUACCCAGCCACAAAGUGGAGAGCGCCCAACAAGAUUGACCUGUAUGAUGUGAGGAGACGCCCGUGGUACAUUCAAGGAGCUUCUUCUCCCAAGGACAUGGUCAUCCUCGUGGACGUGAGCGGUAGUGUCAGUGGACUGACCCUGAAGCUAAUGAAAACCUCUGUCAUCGAGAUGCUGGACACACUUUCUGAUGACGAUUACGUAAAUGUGGCUCGGUUCAAUGAGAAAGCGUACGCCGUGGUGCCGUGCUUCACAACGCUGGUCCAAGCCAACAUAAAAAACAAGAAGAUCUUCAAAGAGGCUGUGAUGAACAUGCAAGCGAAGGGGACGACAGACUACAAGACCGGCUUUCAGUUUGCCUUUGACCAGCUGUUAAAUGAGACCAGCGCUCCGAGAGCAAACUGCAAUAAGAUGAUAAUGAUGUUCACAGACGGUGGCGAGGACCGCGCUCAAGACAUCUUUGAGAAAUACAACUGGCCAAACAAAACAGUGAGAGUUUUCACGUUCUCAGUGGGGCAGCACAACUAUGACGUCACUCCUCUGCAGUGGAUCGCCUGUGCCAACAAGGGUUACUACUUUGAGAUCCCUUCCAUCGGAGCCAUAAGAAUCAACACACAGGAGUAUUUGGAUGUUCUUGGACGGCCAAUGGUGCUGGCAGGUGAACGGGCUAAACAAGUGCAGUGGACCAAUGUUUACCAGGAUGCUCUGGGUUUGGGGCUCGUCAUUACCGGCACAAUGCCAGUCUUCAAUCUCACCACUGACGGAGACUCUAAAAAUCAGUUGAAUCUUGGUGUCAUGGGUGUAGACAUCGCCCUCAAUGAAAUUAAAGAACUCACACCAAGAUAUAAGCUUGGAGCCAAUGGUUACACGUUUGCCAUAGAUCCCAAUGGCUAUGUGCUGCUGCACCCCAACCUACAGCCUAAGAUCAUUAACUUCAGAGAGCCAGUCACAUUGGACUUCUUGGAUGCUGAACUUCCAGAUCGCAACAAGGAGGAGAUCCGCCGUCAAAUGAUUGAUGGCAGAGCAGGACAGAGGAGAAUCAGGACACUGGUGAAGUCUGUGGAUGAGCGUUACAUUGAUGAGGUCCAGAGGACAUACAUAUGGAGUCCAGUGGAGGGCACAGAUUACAGUCUCGGUUUAGUUCUGCCGUCCUACAGCGAAAACCACAUCAAGGCCAACCUGAGCGACCAGAUCCUCCAGGUCCAGUAUUUUGAGUCUCUCCUGCCAAACACUUUUGAGUCAGAGGGACAUGUGUUCAUUGCCCCCAGGGAAUACUGCAAAGACCUGGAGCUGUCUAACAACAACACCGAGUUCCUGCUCAACUUCAUCGCUCUGAUGGAGAAGGUCACGCCGGACUCCAAACAAUGUGACAAUUUCUUGCUGCAUAAUCUGAUCUUGGACACGGGCAUCAUUAAAGAGCUGGUAGAUAAAGUCUGGAAGAACAAGGACCUCAACACGUACGGCUUUAUGGCGGUCUUUGCAGCCACAGAUGGAGGCGUCACUCGAGUUUUCCCUAAUAACUGUAAAGCCAAUGAUGAAUCCAUACUGAAUCCAGAGAACGACACCAUCGGCAUUCUGGUUAGCACUGCAGUGGAGGUGACCAUAGGAAACAAAAACCUGAAACCUGCAGUUCUGGGUGUGAAGCUUGAUCUUGAGGCAUGGACAGACAAAUUCAAGAUCCUGGCGAGCAACCACACCAACAGCAACCGACAGAGCUCUCAAACGUGUGGACCCACCAGUGGCUGUGAAAUGGACUGUGAAGCCAACAGUGAUGACUUGCUUUGCUAUCUGAUAGAUGACGGCGGCUUCCUCGUCAUGUCCAAUCAGAAAGACUACUUGAAUAAGAUCGGGAUGUUCUUCGGCGAGGUCGAUGCCACCCUCUUUUACGCCCUCUAUAACAACUCCUUCUACAAACGCCAGCAGUCUUACGACUAUCAGUCGGUGUGUGACCCGGUGCCCAGCAGCAACACAGGGGCCGCCCCGCGAGGAGUGUUUGUGCCUACUAUUGCUGAUGUGUUAAAUGUUGCCUGGUGGACGUCAGCAGCUGCCUGGUCACUGCUGCAACAGAUGCUGUAUGGUUUUGCCUAUCAGAGCUGGUUCAUGACAGAUGAGGUGGAUGCUGAAGGACUGGAGUCUAGAGAGACCAGCUGUGUGACGGUACAGACACAGUUUUACUUCAGUAACAUCAGCAGCUCCUACAACAUACUGCAGGACUGUGACAACUGCUCCAGGUUAAUUCAUGCUAGGAGAAUAAACAACACCAACCUGCUGUUUGUGGUGGCUGAAAAACUGUCCUGCGACUCCUGUGAAAUAGAGAAACUGUCUCAGGUGGAGACAGAAUAUAAAGAAACAAAUACAUGCGAGACAAUAGCCACAGCCCGGUAUAGAAAAGGAACCACGAGCUGUUUCGACUACAGUGUUUUAGAGAACACAUCAGACUGUGGGCGGGGUCACUCAUUCCGCCCCUCCCUCCUCACUUUACUCCUCCUCCAGCUCCUCCUCCUGAUUGUUCUGGCCCGCCCCUCUGUUUAACUCCAUCCUCCUGUCCUCCUCUCCCUCCUUCUCGUCUCCUUAAUUUCUCCUUUAUCUCCCCGUUGCUCUAGUCAUAGGUAAUAUAAAGGGACUUCCUCCUGCCCUUAUACCGAAGCCCAGUCGUACUGCUUCAUCCACUUAGCUUCACAGGUUGUUGCUUAGUGACCGUUGCAGAACUUUGUCGUCUCCUGCCAAUCAAGAGCAUUUGUGGGAGGAGCUUAAAGUGUCUUUACGAAAACAGGAAGCUAGCGAUGUGAACACCGACGGCCAUCUUGGACCAACGAAGAAAUGGUGGAAACUGACACGGACUGUUCCCUCCUGCCCUUGCGGCCGAAAGGGGGUCGGGUUUCGUUUGACUCCACCUCUAAAGGGGAAAGGUCAUCCUCAUCAUCCUCAUCUUCAUCUUGUAACCCGUGUCGCGAGGCUACGGGGCGUUCUGACGCCGUCUAGCUUCCGGUAAUAAGAAAAUAACCGAAUAAGAGCAGAACUUUAAGCGAUUCCCAAAAAAUAUCAAUAACAACAUGUGAGUAUUAAAAACAUGCCUCCAUAUAUUAGGGUAUUUAACGAGAAAGAGAAGACAAUAGAUGAUAUUUAUUCAAUUAUCUUUUGUUUAUUUAUGCACUAUAUCUACUUCUUGCCAAAAUGAGACUUGUUGUGUGGUCUAAUUUUUCUAGCCAAAUUAGGAGGUAAGAAAACCACAGAAAAAGAAAGUAGAGAAAUUAAAGAGGUAUCACACCAUUCCUUCAUCAGUCACAAGGGCUUCAUAGAUUUAUUAUUUAUAUUGAUAUCACAACCCUGAUCCGAUUAGGUUAGGAUUUUUAUUUGUGUUUAUUAUUUUUAUCACAAGGUAAACUAUAUUAAUGCCUCAGUAAUAUAAUAUUUGCAGCUAAUAUGUAAUAGCAUGUGUGCAUUUUUAAAGGACUAGUACACCUAAAAAUGACAAUUUUGUGUAAUUUAUCAUUCAUU